CGUGCCAUAGAUACCAACAGGGCAGGUCUGUGUCAGUGUGCGACUGAGCGGGGACAGACGCGGUCGCUUGGGUCUCACUGGUCGUGUCUCGUAUCUGUGAAAUCAGAUCAGAGCAGAGUUGGACUGAGGAGCCCGGCAGCAGUUUUCAAACCGUUAGAGGAGCAGCGGUGCCAGGUCGACAGUUUGCAGGAGGGAGACCGGCAGACUCAGCUAUCACCGCCAUGGAGCCGCGCAGUGAGGUGAGCUCCGACCCGAGCCUGCGACCGGCCGGGCCCGGCGGCCACGAGCUGGUGCGGCCCGAGCUGGCAACGGGCCCGCCGCCUCCCGGACAGCUGCUCUUCAACCCGCUCAAAAUGGGCGGCCUGCCGGGCCUGGAGCCGCUGCACGCGCUGCCGCCGCCGCAGCUACACCCGCUGCAGCUGCAGCAGCAGCUCUACUCGCUGGCGCUGCAGCAGCUGCAGCAGGCGCGCCAGGCGGCGCCGCCGCCGCCCUGGGCCGCCGUGCCCUACCCGUACAAGCUGCUCGACCCGCGGCUGGUGGCGCUCUGCCGGCCACCCGAGGAGCCCAAGCCGCAGCACUCGUACAUCGGCCUCAUCGCCAUGGCCAUCCUCAGCUCGGCCGAGCGCAAACUGGUGCUCAGCGACAUCUACCAGUACAUCCUGGACAACUACUCUUACUUCCGCAACCGCGGCACCGGCUGGCGCAACAGCAUCCGGCACAACCUCAGCCUCAACGACUGCUUCAUCAAGGCCGGCCGCUCGCCCAACGGCAAGGGCCACUUCUGGGCCAUCCACCCUGCCAACGUGGACGACUUCCGCAAGGGCGACUUCCGGCGGCGCAAGGCGCAGCGCCGCGUCCGCAAACACAUGGGCCUGACGGUCGAGGACGAGGACUCGAUGAGCCCGCCGCCGCCGCCGGCGCCCGCCUGGGCCGCGCUGCCGGCGCCGACACCCCGCCGUCGCCAGUUCGACGUGGCCUCGCUGCUGGCGCCCGACGAGCCGGCCGAGCCGCGGCACCGGCCCGAGCCGGCCGAGCGCGAGCUUGACGUGGUCGGCGAGGAGGGCGCCGUCGAGUCGCCGCCGCCGCCGCCGCCCGGGUGUGCCGAGCCGGCCGCCAGUCCCGACCGCAGCAAGCGCCGAGUGCGCUCCUCCCUCUGCAACCCGCCGCCCCGCGACGAGAGCCCCAUCGCCCCCUCGGAGGUGGCCGGAGACACAGUCUGCAUUGGAGACUCCCCGCCACCAGACUCACAUGAUAGAGUGGCGACAGACCGCCGCAGCAUCAGCGGUGGAGGCGGCCUGCAGCGGCGGCAGCAGGCGCACCUGCCGUACCGGCUCUCUGGCGCAGUCUAG